AUGGAGCACAUGAAGGAAAACCAUCUAUGGCCCCCAAUCCCUACCCAGUGGUCCUUACCCAGCAGUCCUUACCCAGCGUUCCCUACCCAGCGGUCCCUACCCAGCGUUCCUUACCCAGCGGUCCCUACCCAGCGGACCCUACCCAGCGUUCCCUACCCAGCGGUCCCCACCCAGCGUUCCUUACCCAGCGGUCCUUACCCAGCGGUCCUUACCCAGCGGUCCCAACCCAGCGGUCCCUACCCAGCGUUCCCUACCCAGCGGUCCCUACCCAGUGGUCCCAACCCAGCGGUCCCAACCCAGCGGUCCCUACCCAGCGGUCCCUACCCAGCGGUCCUUACCCAGCAGUCCCUACCUAGCGGUCCCAACCCAGCCGUCCCUACCCAGUGGUCCCAACCCAGCCUUCCCAACCCAGCGGCCCCUACCCAGCAGUCCCUACCCAGCGGUCCCUACCCAACGGUCCUUACCCAGCGUUCCCUUCCCAGCGUUCCCUACCCAGCUGUCCCUACUCAGCGUUCCCUACCCAGUGGUCCUUACCCAGCGUUCCCUUCCCAGCGUUCCCUACCCAGCUGUCCCUACUCAGCGUUCCCUACCCAGCGGUCCCUACCCAACGGUCCUUACCCAGCGUUCCCUACUCAGCGUUCCCUACCCAGUGGUCCCUACCCGGCGGUCCCUACCCGGCGGUCCCUACUCGGCGGUCCCUACCUGGCGGUCCCUACCCAGCGUUCCCUACCCAGCUGUCCCUACUCAGCGUUCCCUACCCAGUGGUCCCUACCCAGCUGUCCCUACCCGGCGGUCCCUACUCGGCGGUCCCUACCUGUCCCUACCCAGCGGUCUAGUAGAGCCCACUGUCACCCUAUGGAGCGAUGA